UCAGAGUCUACAGCAGGUCGCCCAUCUCGUCGCCGCUGUCGUUCCAACGAGCACCGUCCGUCCCCCGUCGUCGUCAUCCGCAUCGCAAGAACAAGUCCCGAGAACACCACCACACAAGACUCCCUACGCCCUGGAUGGUGGUCUCCUUUGGAUCUUCCAUCCAUAGCUCGGCAUCGUCCUCAUACACUCGCAUCGCCUCCGCUCUCUGGCCCUCGGCUACUAAAUAGAUUGUCGAGCGCCCUGUUGAGGGAUCCUGCCGUGAACAGGGUCUGGCCUAGUCUAUCCCAGCCAAAGCCCGCGACCGCCGUCCCCCAACCACAUCCCCUACCUGUUCCUCUCUAUUCACCACGCCCAUCUCCGUCGAAACACUCAAACAUCCUCUACUUUGACGUAAUGGCUUCCAUGUCGCCGCUCAACACCGCUACCAGUGCCUCAGGGGCGUCCUCGAACGGUGGCAGUGUGUCACCCCAACAGACAGCGAGCUCCAAGAACGUCGCAUUCGAGGUCUUGUUUCUCGAUUCUCCCCAGUAUCGUGCGCGCUUGCCCAUGCGAGUGCAAAUAUACCCUCACGAUACUACAGACUCGAUUGUGACGACUGUCAAGAACUUUUAUGGUCUGUACUCGGGUCCGACCGUGUCAAAGGGAGUCAGUUUUGAGGACGAACACGGUAACACCCUCAUUGCUCGCUAUGAAAACUUCCGCAAUAACAUGGUCGUCUACGUCAGGGUCAUUGAGGAGCCCCCGGCAAAUCCGGCCGCCUAUUCUCUUCAUCCCUAUCACAGCGCCUUGAUCAGCGGCCACCCCUACUAUGGUGACCAUGGCCAUCCCGCUCAUCAAGCCCAGCGCUUUGCGCAAGACAUCUCCAGACCCAGCCCCCGAUCAUCGUGGAGACGAAGUCCUUCUCCCAACACUGCUCGUGGCCGAAGAAGCGCUUCUGUCAGGGCAAAUGGCAAGAAGGGCCGCUCUCGCUCGUCCAAGAACCCGAGCUCCACCGCCCGGGGUCAUACUGAACUCUACAGCAACAGCAUACCGGGAUACAGCAGCGCUGAUGAGCAUGGCUCGGCAUAUGGAAAGAGCAAGGAGCAGCAGCCCACUACCGACAUCAGUGUCGAGAACAUUGUCGAGGGUGGAUGUCGAAAAAGGGCCAAGUUUGAAAGCUCGGAGCUGCCCCCGUUGGCACCGCCUCAGAUGCCGGUGGCGACUUCGAACCCGUCCGUCUCCCCUGCUCGCCGUGUUGAGCCUCAUCGUCCAGCGAUGCCCUACGUGCAGCCGCACCAAAAUCCCUUCACGCACCCCCGCCCCUUGCAGUCACCGCAGGGUUAUACCAAUGGAGCCUCGCACUCCUACAUGUACUCAACACCGGGCCCUGAUGGUCGUCGCAGCCGCGGUAGCAUCGGUUAUGCCAGCAAUGGCAGCGCAAUUGGCAUUCUUCCCACUCCUGACCCAACCAUCGGUAGCUGCAUGUCCAAGGAGGACAAGGAUGUUGCCAUCCAGCUGAUGCGACUUGGCGAAAUGUCCAACAUCUCCCACGGCCGAACGUCUGCCUCGACCCUCGAUGACACAUUUAGCGGCAGAGCCAAUGUCGCUUCAUCGACUGGUGCUACUAGCGACGGUGAGAGCAAGCGCGAGCCUGAGCUCCCUCCUGCUCGUCGCCAAAAGCUCGAUGCUUCCGGCGCCAUCGACAAGGCCUAUCAGACUACCGAGGUGCACUUCAUGGCCCCUCCUGAGACCGCUGAAGCCAGUGGUAACGACGCUGACUACGAAGAUGGCGCUGAUGAUUCUCUUCUCUCCAACGGCAAGAGCAAACUAGUCAAGACCAACAAGGCGCCCACCAAGCACAAAAGCUCUGCCUCUAUCUCCGGGUCAACAUCAUCCAAGACGACCAAGGACCCGCGCACCUCCAACAACACCAAAGCUAAGAAGCUGCCUGCCACCGCCAACAGCCCAAUGUCCCCAGCUUCUAUGCCUCCGUCGCGGAAGCAGUCGGUCGCUUCUGCCGGACAGGUUGCGCCUAUUCCCAGCGAAGAAGAGCUGCCCGAUCUUUCUACGAAGCUACGCUGCCAGCGCUGCCGGAAGAGCAAGAAGGUGUAUCAUCAUCACACCUUGAUCCCUACCUUUGGCCUCCGACCGCCCAACGUCGGUGGCAAGCCGGUGCUCAACGUGGACAAUUUGCGUGUCACCCUGACUUUCAAUAUCGCCUACGAUACUGGCAUCUUCCCCGGCGAAAGGCAUCGUAUCCAGCUCGCCGGCUGCUACCAGCUCAUGUGUUAUACCGGACCCGAUGGCCCUAUCAAGGAACUCUUCGGUCAGAAGGCCGUCCAGUCAUCUUCCUCUGAUGCCAGCGAGGACGAGGCAUUGGAUGAAGACUCCGAGCAGCUCAACGGCCUUCUCUCGCAGGAUCCAAAGGCUCUGUGCUAUGAGGAUAUCCUGAUGAUGGUGCGACACCCUGUCACUGGACAAUCCAUACCAGCCAUGACCAUCAAAUUCAUCCAUCGCAAGGGGGCUGAUAACAAGCCCGAACCGAACCUAUUCUACGUCACCCCCACCAAGAAGCUGCUCUUCUGUGCCGUUCGUACGAUCCUCAACAUUGCACUCCGCAAUCAAGCCUUCGACGUGCCGAGCGUAACAAAUGCAUCCCGCUUGUUUGGAACGAAGCCUCCACGAUUCAUACAAUGCAUUCCGUUCCGGUGGAAGCAAUUCAAGCUGAAGAUGCCGGGUUUCCGACGGUACCGUGGCGCCACCCUCUCGGAAACCGAGGCUUUCCCGUACUCCAAGCUUAGAGACGAUAUGGGUCAGCAGAGCCUCGGUUCAGGACAUGAGAACCGCUGGACGCCCAAGUUUGCUCGGCGAGGUGCCGCAAAUGCCGCCAAUGGGGACGCACCAGACUCUGUCCGCGACCAAAUGAUACGCCAUGACCCUCGCGCUUUCCUCGAGGAAAAGCAGCAGAGUCAGCUGUUCCGGCUGUCCGCGCACGUCAGCCUCACGCGCGAUCCUCAAGCCACGGACAUGGUGCUCCAAGAGGUGUACGCAAGCUUGCCACUGGGCCCAAAGAUUGUCGAGCUCGAAGAGCAAUGCGCACAGCUCAAGCGGGGCAAGGACCGGAUCGAGGGCCAUGAGGACGAGGAAAAGAUCCGGAAGCUCACCAGUGAAAUCCGCACCAAGCGCGCGCAACGUGAGAAGUGGAUUAUCAAAGAAUACCGCGAGUAUUAUUUUUACCGCCGUCCCAUCUGGGAUAUUGAAAGACAGGCACGAGGGGAAGAAGAGGAGGAGAACGUGGAGCCUGUCAUUGACGUCGCCUUCCCAGAACGCGAUAGACUAGCGGAGAUUCUCUGCCACCAGCCCCAUGACUUAACUGAAGACGAGAUCUUCCAACGUAGGAUCGAGGCCAUCGUCUCCAUGUAG